AUGGCGCUGCAAGUGGAGCUCAUCCCUACGGGAGAGAUCAUUCGAGUGGUCUACCCUCAUGGCACCUGCAAAACUGCCCUGGGUAGUGACGGGGUACGGAUCACCAGCAUGGAGAGCGCCCUGACGGCCAGGGACCGGGUCGGGGUCCAGGACUUCGUCCUGUUGGAGAAUUUCACCAGCGAGGCUGCCUUCAUUGAAAACCUGAAACGGCGCUUCCGGGAAAACCUCAUCUACACCUACAUUGGGCCUGUGCUGGUCUCCGUCAACCCUUACCGGGACCUGCAAAUCUACAGCAGGCAGCAUAUGGAACGUUACCGGGGUGUCAGCUUCUACGAGGUUCCCCCCCACCUGUUUGCGGUGGCCGACACGGUGUACCGAGCCCUGCGUACGGAGAGAAGGGACCAGGCCGUGCUGAUAUCGGGGGAGAGCGGGGCAGGGAAGACGGAGGCCACCAAGAGGCUCCUCCAGUUCUACGCCGAGACCUGCCCUGCCAGUGAGAGGGGAGGUGCCGUGAGGGACAGACUGCUCCAGAGUAACCCCGUGCUGGAGGCCUUUGGAAAUGCCAAGACCCUCCGAAACGACAACUCUAGCCGUUUUGGCAAGUACAUGGAUGUACAGUUUGACUUCAAGGGGGCCCCUGUAGGUGGCCACAUCCUCAGUUACCUCUUGGAAAAAUCUCGAGUCGUUCACCAAAAUCACGGCGAGAGAAACUUUCACAUCUUCUACCAACUGCUGGAGGGAGGGGAAGAAGAGACACUUCGGAGGCUGGGCCUGGAGAGGAAUGCCCAGAGCUACUUGUACCUGGUGAAGGGCCAGUGUGCCAAGGUCACAUCCAUCAACGACAAGAGUGACUGGAAGGUGGUCAGGAAAGCUCUUUCUGUCAUUGACUUCAAUGAAGAUGACAUUGAGGACCUGCUGAGCAUUGUGGCCAGCGUACUGCAUCUGGGCAAUAUUCACUUUGCUGCGGAUGAGCAGAGCAAUGCCCAGGUGACCACAGAAAACCAAGUCAAGUACCUGACUCGGCUGCUGCAGGUGGAUGGUGCUAUGCUGAAGGAAGCCCUGACCCAUAGGAAGAUCAUUGCCAAGGGUGAAGAGCUCUUGAGCCCCCUGAACCUGGAGCAGGCUGCCUAUGCCCGGGAUGCCCUGGCCAAGGCCAUCUACAGCCGCACCUUCUCCUGGCUGGUCAACAAGAUCAAUAGGUCACUGGCUUUCAAGGACCCAGAAUUCCCAAACUGGAGAGGUACCACGGUUCUAGGGCUGGUGGACAUCUAUGGCUUUGAGGUUUUCCAGCACAACAGCUUUGAGCAGUUCUGCAUUAAUUACUGUAAUGAAAAGCUGCAACAACUCUUCAUUGAGCUCACUCUCAAGUCAGAACAGGAAGAAUAUGAAGCAGAGGGCAUUGCUUGGGAGCCAGUGGCGUAUCUCAAUAACAAAAUCAUCUGUGACUUAGUGGAGGAGAAGUUCAAGGGCAUCAUCUCCAUCCUGGAUGAGGAGUGCCUUCGCCCUGGGGAUGCCACAGAUCUGACGUUCCUGGAGAAGCUUGAGGACACCGUGAAGCACCAUCCACACUUUGUGACUCACAAGUUGGCGGACCAGCGGACAAGGAAGUCCCUGGGCCGAGGUGAAUUCCGCCUGUUGCACUAUGCCGGGGAGGUGACCUACAGUGUGACAGGGUUUCUGGACAAGAACAAUGAUCUCCUGUUUCGUAACCUCAAGGAGACCAUGUGCAGCUCUGAAAACCCCAUCCUGAGCCAGUGCUUCGACAGGAACGAGCUCACAGACAAGAAGAGGCCGGAGACGGCAGCCACACAGUUUAAGAUGAGUUUGUUCCAGCUCGUUGAGAUCCUCAUGUCCAAAGAACCUGCCUAUAUCCGCUGUAUCAAGCCCAAUGAUGCCAAACAGCCGGGUCGCUUUGAUGAGGUACUUAUCCGACACCAGGUGAAAUAUCUGGGGUUGAUGGAGAAUCUGCGGGUUCGGAGAGCUGGCUUUGCUUAUAGGCGCAAAUACGAGAACUUCCUCCAGAGGUACAAGUCCUUGUGUCCCGAGACCUGGCCCACAUGGGACGGGCGGCCACAGGAUGGCGUGUCUGUCUUGAUCCAGCACCUUGGCUACAAGCCUGAGGAAUACAAGCUGGGCAAAAGCAAGAUCUUCAUUCGCUUUCCCAAGACGCUCUUUGCCACAGAAGAUGCUCUGGAAGUGAGGAAGCAGAGCCUGGCCACAAAGAUCCAGGCCACGUGGAGGGGAUACCAUUGGAGACAGAAAUUCUUACGAGUGAAACGUGCAGCUAUCUGUAUCCAGUCCUGGUGGCGUGGAACCCUGGGCCGGAGGAAAGCUGCCAAGAGGAAAUGGGCUGCCAGCAUGAUCCGACAGCUCAUCCAAGGUUUCAUCCUGCGCCGGGCCCCCAGGUGCCCCGAAAAUGCCUUCUUCUUGGAUUUUGUUCGGUGCUCCUUCUUGCUGAAUCUGCGGCGGCACCUGCCCCGGAACGUGCUGGACAAAACGUGGCCUACCCCUCCACCUGCCCUGCAUGAGGCAUCAGAGCAGCUGAGGGAUCUCUGUAUGAAAAAUAUGGUAUGGAAAUACUGUCGGAACAUCAGUUCAGAAUGGAAGCAGCAGCUGCAUCAGAAGGCUGUGGCCAGUGAGGUUUUCAAGGGCAAGAAAGACAACUAUCCUCAGAGUGUCCCCAGACUCUUUAUCAACACUCGGCUUGCUGCUGAUGAGAUCAGCCCCAAAGUGCUCCAGACCCUCGGAGAAGAGCCUGUCCAGUAUGCGGUGCCUGUCGUGAAGUAUGACCGGAAGGGCUACAAACCUCGGGCCCGGCAGCUGCUGCUGACCCCGAAUGCUGCCGUCAUCGUGGAAGAAGCCAAGAUCAAGCAGAGGAUUGACUAUGCCAACCUGACUGGAAUCUCGGUCAGCAGCCUAAGUGACAGCCUGUUUGUCCUCCAUGUGCAGAGAGAAGACAAUAAGCAAAAGGGGGAUGUGGUGCUCCAGAGCGAUCACGUCAUCGAGACCAUCACCAAGCUGGCCCUGAGCGCAGACCGAGUCAACAGCAUUAACAUCAACCAGGGCAGCAUCACCUUUGCCGGGGGCCCGGGCAGAGACGGCAUCAUCGACUUCACGCCCGGCUCGGAGCUCCUCAUUGCCAAGGCCAAGAAUGGGCACCUCGCUGUGGUCGCUCCGCGGCUGAACUCCCGGUGAUGAUGGACCCCGUCCAGUGGGACAAUCUUCCUGCCCCUCCGCCAUGCCUGCUUCGCUCCCCUGCCCACCCGCUUGCUGCUGCCCUAUCCCCCUUCAUGGUAACCAAAGACUCUCACUUCCACGCUUGGAAAACUGGGUGCAUCCUGGGUCUGAAGGGGGCUCCCGUGGCACCUGCCUGGCGCGCCCCGAUCCCUUUCUCCCCGCCCGUGUCCCCCCCAUCGGCUCCAUGGUGGAUAAGGGAAGGGGGGCAGUAAGAAAGCGAGGAGCCAGGCCGAGCCGGAGCGGGGCUGAGGGAUGACGGGGGCCAGGGCAGAGCCCCAUGACCGAUGCCAAACCAGUGGGAGGAGACGUUCUGCUGAGUUGUUCGUUGUUUUUCCACCGAGUCAUUUUGAUGCUUUGUAGGGGAUCGUUUUUUUAUAAGCCAUUCAUUCCCUGCCACCAAGGAAGCAAUCAGAGGGCUGGAGACGGGAGGAAGGAAGGGGGCAUCCAGCCGCCCUCUCAUCCCACCCCAAAACCAGUCCCGCCUUCUCUUCCCCGCCCACGCCCAUAGGUGCACACCCAGGGGCACCCCUCAGUUUCCCUUCAUCCCUGGCCAUAAGGGGCUGGGACCCACACGAGCUCUGCCCCCUCCCGCCCCCCAAAGUCCCACACAAAACACAUACAAAGGAAUCGACCCCCAUAAUCAACUCCUGACUCUGGCGGGGGGUGUGGCGGCCUCCAAACUGGGGUGAAGGGGGUGACAGAUGAGAGGAGACGUGACUCCCUGGAAGGGUGGCCUGACGGGAAGAACACUGGCUGGACCCUCGAAGAGCCUGGGGCUCUGCUCGUCACCCGUGUGCCCUCGGGCCUCGCCUUCCUCUUCCGCGGACCUUCGACUGAGCUCAAAGGAAUUUUAGGGGCCAUCCAAGAACCCCUCUUAACUCACAGUCUGUGACGAAGGGGGCCCCGUGGUGCUUAUUCCGAAGCCCCUGCCUGAUAGAAAAUGGCACCUCCAUGUCCUUGUUCAGUGCCCCGAAGCCCCCAGAAUCAUCAAGGGGGGUCGUUGGGAGAGUAUGGUUGGGUUUGGGUAUAGAAGGGAGGAAAAUGGCCCUGCAGUCCACGGCUUCAUCACUGCUUUGCCCCCGCCUUUGCCCCCAUCUGUUCUCAUCCUGCAGGGCAAAGGAUGACGUUGGUUUAAGAAAGAAAAGGGGGGGCAUCAUUUAUCGCUGCUGCUUCUCUCUCCACCCCCUUCCCCAAUCCCACUGAGGCUCAGGAAGCUGGGAGGCCGUCCAAGCAGCCUGCGCUCCCUCGGGACCCUGGGGACACUGCCUACACUUGCAACCCCAGCCAACACUAAAUAAAGCGAUUAUGUUUUUGCAAA